AAGAACAUGGUGUAUGGCACCAUAAGUAGAAGUAUAGCAUGCAAGUGUCUAUCGAUCAUUUUGAAAGCGUCAUUUUGACUUUUGUACAUAUACGAGGGGAGCUCAACAAGUUCAUAGAACUCGGAGUUUAACUCACAGAUUUUAAGAUUGUUUCAACAUUAUGUUUCGAUGCAAUCCCCAUUUAUUCCGGUUCAUUUGUUCUUUCAUUGUACCAUUCAGCCAUGCGGCGAUAGAUUAUUUUGACGUUUGUCCCUCCCUUAGUGGGGAACUUUAUGACCGCGCAAAACUGUACGUGUUUACUGAAUGGCUAAUCAUUCAACUGACAAAAAUUAUUUUAACCGGACAAAAAUGAAAAUGCAAUGUGUAUCAUAUAUAGAAAAAUGUAAGUGUUGCAUUUGAAAUUUCAGAAUUAAUAGCGAUAUCACAACAGAACAUAAUAAUAAUUCCAUCAGAGACAUUUAUUUCUGGCGUAGAAAAUACUCGUACAGAUAUGUGCGUAGUUAUUAAAAAUUAGUGAUAUACAUUUCGUAUGGAACGCCAGACUGAUAAUUCCGGCUAAUAGGUAGUAUAUAUACCUGAAUUUUCUAUGUUCCGUGGAAUGUUUAACCUUGAGUUCAUGCUGUUAUAGAGUAUGGAAUGAAUUACUCAUAAAAGAUUCCAAGUGCCAAAUUAUAAACAAGUGUAAACAUGAACUGCGUGUAGGAUACUGUACAUGUGGAAUAGCUUGGUGAAAAGAAGUUUGGUGUCUGAAAAGAAGUUUGGUGUCUGAAAAGAAGCUUGGUGUCUGAGGAAGGAUGCUUUUCUAUCUGAGAAUUGUAGCAUGUAUGAUAUUACGGAUUCAAACGAUUUUAGACCCGAAACAUCCGCAAUGUAACCAUCGUGGAACGUUUGACCCGUGCGGCACGUGUAAAUGUGAACCUGAUUUCUAUGGGGACAUGUGCGAAUGUGAGGUCAAUUAUCGGAUUCCAGAUCGUGACACAGCCAUGGCCGCAUGCACUGA